AUGGAUAUUACAGAAAAAGAAACCGUCCGACUAAAUAUCGGCGGCACAAUUUUCAAAUGCUGUAAGAAAACAUUAAAUGCGUUUCCAGGGUCAAAGUUGGAUAAACUGGAUGAACAGAAAGAUGAUUUUGAUUUGGAAGAAAAUGAAUUUUAUUUUGAUCGAAAUCCCUUGUUGUUUGCCUACAUUCUUGAUGCUUUCCGUAAAGGAGCAGUUCAUAUACCCAAUGAUAGCUGCGGAACAACUUUCAAAAAAGAGCUAGAGUUUUGGGAGAUUCCUCUACGCAAAGUCGCUCCUUGUUGUUUGGAAGCAUUAUAUCGGAGCGAAGAUGACAUUGAAAAAAUGGACUCUCUGAUGAAUAACGAGAAACAAACCCCGGGUGUGAACGUAAUAAGGCAAGAGAAGCCCAGUUUCAGAAAAAGACUUUGGCUGUUCCUUGAUGACCCCAGUUCAUCACGUAUUGCACAAGUAUGGAGUACAAUCAUGUCUUUUCUGGUACUGGCCUCAACAUUCACAGACGCUCUGUCAACAGUAUCAACAUUUCAACAGAAUUUCACAGACGCUGAGAUCAGGUCUCUCAGUAAAGUUAUGAUCCUUUUCAGUGGAGAUAAUACAACAGUACAGUUUUUAAAGACCCAGAAGCCCAAUGAUAUCCUUAUAUACGAAUCGGAAAUUGACUGCGAUGUUGUCUCAGAAACAGACACAGCUUAA